AUCCAAUCUGGCCUAGAGCAUUGCCAGGGAUGGGGCAUCCACAGCUUUUCUGCGCAACCUGUCCUGAGGAUGCUGUCCCUGUCUAGUGCUAAAUACCAACUGUGCCAACUGGUCUCACAAACCUCUUUAUUGCCUUUAUAACUUUGCCUUGGGGUACCAUGUGGGAGUUUAUCAUGCUGGCAACUAUCACAGAGGUCUUCAGUCUUUGAGCAGAGUCCUGCACAGCUGGAAAUUGGGGCAGCCCUCAUGGUGUUUUUGGUGGGGAAUUUCCCCUUUGCGCCUGUGACCACAGACAGAAGUUCUGAAGGACAUGGAACAGGGCCUGCCCUUAUUCUCAGUUUGGCAGCCAUGACCCCACUCUGCAGCAAGCAAGGUCUGCCCUGCUGCCAAGGCACUGGGAUGCAGCCUGUCAGUGGGUUUGAUGGUAUGUCUAUCCUUUGACCUGCUGCCCAAGCCAGACACUCAAAGACAAUCUCUCCAGCUGUCUGGGUGACUUUUCUGGAGCUGCCAUUGCAAGAUCUGUGGGGCCUUGGCAGGCAGCUGCAGCCAGGAGGUGUCACAGCUCCUGGGCCCGCAGCUCUUCCCUUGCUGUAAACAGAUGCUUGCCUGACCCCCAUCUCCAAGGAGAAUUUCCAGCCCCUCGCACUAUUCCCAGCCCCUCAUACACUGCCUGCAGCCACCUGUGGAACCACAGAUGCAGGCUGGCCUCGAGCAGUGUCCCAGCUCCAAACAAGGUUUUUCCCCAUGUUUAGGCAUGUGUCCUCUGCAUCCUCUUGGACACACUCAUCUGAUGAUGGCCAGGUUUGUCACAAUGCCAAUCUUCACUCCCUUGUGUCUGGGUCAGUCCCUGCUCAAUGUGAGCCUGGGAAGAGGUUGCUCUGCAUCGUGCAGGUCUCCUGGGCGGUGCAGGGUGUCCCCUCUGCAUAAAUUGUGUUUGGCUGGUGCCAAAAUGACCCUCAAGUCACUCCUCAUCUCUUCUAGUGCUAACCUCGUGGCAGAGCUGGCUGUAGCCAAGUUCUGAAGGCUCUGUUGUUCUGCCCUACUGCUCUGAAUCACUCUUCAGUGAUGUACAAUGACCAGUUAUAAUGAAGUUUGUAGUAUGUAACUUUUAACUAUAUCUGUGCAGGAAGAGAAUUGUCCCACGCAGAGCCCCCCUAUCCACUUCCCUCGCUUCCAGCAGCUGUUUCCUUUCCAUGCAGGUUGCUGGGAACAACUUGGCCAACUACUAUUCAGGUGCCCUCCUGACAAUGGUGGUCCUUGAUGCCAAGUCCCGAUGCUCAUGGCCCAUGAAAUGGGCGAGGAACACGAUGGGUCUCUGCCUGGUGUUGGUGCCUGUCACCUGCUCCCACUGUGGGGUUUAAUCUCCUUUUUCUUUGCUUUCUCUUUGCUGUUUGCCUUUUCUACUGCUGCCUGGGCAUUUGGCAGCUGCUUCCUUGGCUGGGGUAUCUGGCUGGGCCACCACAAGGAGCAGAACCCUUCUCUGGUGUUUUCCAGUCUUGGCUGAAGCAUAUCUAGUUCCUAGUUUAGGGCUCACUGUUAUGUCUUCUGCAAAAUCUCCAGAGCCUUCUCCAUGUUGUGCUUCAUUUCCCUUUGGCUGUCUCUGAUUCCUCCAUGCACAGAGCCCCCGCCAGCCCCACUGAUGAACUCACUGAAUGUGUCAGAUGCUGUUUCCUCUGGUUCAAGCUCCCAGGGGCGUGAGCUCGUGCCAGAAGCGUGGGGCAGAGCGGGCUGCCGGGCGUCUGCAGCGAGGCUCUGCCGGGUGUCAAAGUCUGUCAUCCCAAGAGAGAAGGAGCAGUUUCCUCUCCAGAAACACUCAGACAGCUUUUUUUUCCCAGCAGCUUCUCAAGUCUCUGUGAAUUCACGCUCCAGAACGAUGCCUUCGCAUGAAGUGCAUCCAUCCCAGAUAAUGCCUGUCCAACCCACCCAUCUCCCACCACCCAGAGCUCCAUCUCGGCUGGCACACGCCAUGCCCUGCUUUGGGAGCUGCUGCUUGCUUUGCUGUGAGAGGAUUUAUGACUUGUUACAGCUCCACUUUCAGAGAAGGCUGGGUUGGCGCCAGUAGUUUCCACUGAGUUUUACGCUUCCAUACGAGGACCCGUGGGAUUUCUGGAUGGAGUAUUGAUGUACUUCCCGUAUUGAUGGAAGAGAGAGGGUUGUGCCUGUGGUUGGUGCAAGGGAUGAGGACUAGAUGACAGGGACACUGUUUUGGAGGAUUGCGCAAACAACAAUUGAACGUCUCUUCCUCCCACUCUCUGCCUUGUCCCCUUUCUGACACAAUUCUUGGCCAUCCCAUGGAGGUCUCCACCAUGCUACAGAGGGACAGGCUCUGAACCAUCUCCCCUAUAUUUUCUGGUGGAAUAGUGGACACUCACAACUGCCACAGUCCAAAGGAUCCCAUGUGCCUUGAUCGGGGGGCUGAGAAGUGAGCAAUGCUGACCAUGUGUUUCCAUAGGGACACAAAACUUGCUCAGUGCCUUGAUUUUGGUCUCAGUAAGCACUGUGUGCGGCACUGCACAUCCUGCAGAGGAUUCCAUGGGGAGAGAGCACUGUUCCAGGGUGCACCAUCUGCUCAGGUCUCUCUCAUCCCGUUCACUUUGUCACUGAACAUUUUCAGUGUCCUGCUUUAACCCUGAGCCACCACGCAGUCAUGCUAGCAACCAAAGGGUUAACCAGGCUGGGAAAUCAAGUUUCCAUGGGAGAAACGAAGAGUGUGUGUGGGGCAAACUUUUCAAGGCUGAAGACCCUCUCCCAGCCCAGCUGGCUUCAGCACCCGUGCGCUCCCGAGGAGCUGUUUCCUUGUCCUUCUCAGCAUGUUGUGCUUAUCCUGCUUUUCCCAUCCCCUCGUGAAGGCCAGGGCAGUGCAGCAGCCAGCAGGCAGCCUGCCCAGCUCGUGUGUCGCCGGCUUCCAGCAAUUCUUCCCCGCAUCCCAAGGAACGUUUCGCUGUUUGACAUUUCUAUACGUUUGUGCCUGGCAGCCUGCUCCCCUUCCCAGACACAGGGGUUUUCCACGCUGGGCUUUGCAAACUACCUCUGCACUGGGUCCUGGGAAUCAGGACCUCUGCAGGAAGGAAUUUGCUGGUCAGUGGGUUAAGCUGAGCUGUGCGACCCUGUUCCUGUCACCAGUGACUGUAACUUGGAGGCAGCAUCUACAAGGAUUUGGAAAUUCCCAUUGGUUAGUCCCUCUUGAUGCCUAUAGUUUGAGGGACCUCUGCUCCCAGCCCUGAGCUGCCUGGGAAGCAGACCCUGCAGUCUGGUUGAGUGGGACAGAGCUGGAAGUUUCUCCAGGGCUGAUGGCCAGCCCAGGUGCCAACGAGCAGAGUCUGAGUGCUUAGGACAAUGAAUCUCCUGGCAAUAUGGAUUGAGAUGUUAGGAAACUGUGAUGCCAGAUACCAGGGAACUAAUUCACAGAUUAACUCUAGGCCCUGGAGCUCUGGUGCUUUGAUGCAGGGUGCAGACUUGGGAAGCAUUUGGGAUGGAGGCUUGAGAGAGCCCCUACAAGCUGCCACUGUGGUUUUACCGCCUGGGAAAGGUUCACGAGCAAGGCAGUGAAAUGACCUUUGCUAUGGUCCCACAGUUUCUGUGCACUCUGUGUAUGGGGACACCACAGUCUGCCUAGGACACCCUCCCCUCUCCAUACACUGUGGAGGCUCCUCCACCACAGGGAUGCAAAGGGCUGGAGCUGGGCUGCCCGAGCAUGGGGGUAGCUGGAAGCAUCAUCGUGCAAAGCCUUGUUGCAAUGGCUCUGUACAGUGUCAGACACACACCCUGUGGUCAGGGAGGGAUUCUCUGCACCCUCAGAGAAUCAGGGGGCAUCCUGCCUGGCUGUGUAUCCCUCCCUGUGCCUGCCUCCAUCCUGUACCCAUGAACUAUGGAAAAAGCCCAGCUGAAUGAGGAACGGGUUAUGCACAAGAAAUUCUGCCUGGCCAGCUGCUGGAGGCUGCUGGUGUGUGAGACCCCUAAAAGCCUUGUUUUCACCCCUUCUCCCCGCCUGUCAGUUCCUCUGUAUCCCAAAAGUUUGGUCAUUCCUGCAAACAGGGAUGCUCACUCAUUUCUCACUGUCAGAAGCUCCUUUCUUCCUCCUUGGGCUGGGGGAGCAGGUGACAGAGUAAGGCACAUCCAGAGGAAGGAGUGAAGGGGGAUGGAUGUUCUGAGGGAAGGGAGGCAGGAGGGGAGGCAGGGCAUGGAUCCCCACACUGAUUUCCAAGGGGCCCUGCUGCUCCAGCAUGCAGAUGCAUCUGCAAUUGCCAAGUAGCCCUUUCCCUCCUGGGACCUCUCCAGACACCUUCCCUGGAAAAUGAGGAGUCUGCUCAUCCAGAUGCUUUGUUAAAGGUGCAAGUCACAGCAACAGGGAAUUGCCAAAGACGAUGCCUUUGGGAAGGGAAACACGUGCCCUGCCCCUGUUCAGCAGCUCAGACCGUGUUUGGGGUUGGCCUCUGGCCAGAGGUUGCUGCUGCGGUGUCUUCAAAACACUCAGAGAGCCAGGGACUUUCCAGGAGCUUGCUGCUAUAGUGGGACAUAGACUGGGCAAGGAAGGAUCCGGGGCUCUGUGCUGGGACUGCAGAGCUCACCUGGGCUCCUCUGUGAGCACCCAGGCACUGCUGUCUGGGGAGGUAAGGGCUGGAACAGCACUAAGUACCAGCAUGGCUCUCCUUUUUCUGAUCCUGGUCUGGAUGUCACCAAUGCUUUGGGAUUAGGGGCGUGGGUGACAGCACACAGGAUGCCUCCAGGGACUCAUUCCCCAUGCUGCCAAGUACCCUGAGGAGAUACACCUGCAAACAACCUGCUACUGCCUGUGUCCCAUGCCUGCUGCUUGCCCCAGGCUCUGCUGCCUGACUCCACAGCAGCCUCUGUGUUGCAGAAAUGUGUGGGGACACACGGAUACUCCCCUGAAUGGGAUCUCCAUGCAUGAGUGAUGGGGUAAACUCCAGGAGUGCAGCCCUGGCACACUGCCCCAGGCAGUCCCAGAGGAAUGCUGGUCUCCUGGCCCAAGAGAGGGCUGCUGGCUGUUGUUGGUGAUCCAUGACUCCAGUACUGCCUUCUCCCUGGGGAACAAGAGGGUGGGCACCUUAUACAGCCCUGCUUUCCGCAGCAGCUGGGACUUUGGUCUUCUCUGGGGUUACUCAUUGUCCUGGAUGAGUAUUUAUCAGGGUCAUUAUCAGGAACUGAUGGAAAGUCCUGGUGUUACAGCCCAGCUCUCAGGCAGCAGGGCCCUUGAAGGAGUUUGAACCUCACUAUCAUUGGUUAGACCCCACAAGGGCUGCCCAGUUCCACUGGGGCUCCCAGGAUACAGCUGGCCUUGAGCAUUGGGACCGGAGCUAUCCGAGGAGCUGGAGGCCAGGGUGAGUGAAGAGGGGCUGUUAGCAGUGGGUGGUGAAGGAUGGCAAGGGGGACUUUUUGCUGGUGGGGAUUGUUCAGGGAGGCUGGAGUGAUGCUGGUGCAUCAUCUUUUCUCAGAGGGGCUCUGGAGCAGGGUGAGAGGCAGCAACAUUAACACAUCACACAAAAGUUCCAAUUAAAUGGUGGGGGAAAUGUUUUAAAUUUGGGGAUGUAUCAAACACUGGAACAGGUUGCCCAAAGCAGUUGCGAACCCACCAUCAUUGGUCUCUUCCAGACCAUGCUCUGGUGAUUGCCUGAAAAAUGUCUGACCAUUCUCUCCCCACAGCAGGACUGGUGUCACAAUAGUUGCUCACAGUUUGGUUCAGUAAUAAUGGCCAUCUCUUUGGACAGUUUUUGUCACCACAGGAAUUCCUGGGUUCACUUCUACAUAGUCCCCAUCGGUCCAGCUACGUCCAGCUGCACAGGGUCAUGUCAUGCUGCUGUGGGCUGUCACAUCCUUGUCAGCACAUUCCUUCAGCUAGUCAAGGUCUCCACACACACUCAGCUCCCCACAAUUUGGUAUCAGCAGCAAAAUAUGAUGGACUGUGCUGUUUUCCCCAGCCCCACUGCAGUCUGGCCCUCACACAUCCCAGCCCUACAGCUGUAUCCAGCUCUGUUCAGCUGGGGUUGUCCCAAAGGCAGCCAGACAUGGGUGGGGGCUCGGGGUAGGGGGCAUGGGCUCACCCUGAGCCACUUCUCACCUAUUAUUUGUGAUGGUGGUUUGGCUUGGAAGCAAAUCACAAAGUGGGGGACCAAAACAGGUUGAUACCUUCAUUUCUUUAAAGGCUUGGCCACCUUCCAGGAUCUCUUUCAUGGGAGUAGACACUCGACCCUCUGAGAGCAGGUAGUGGCAGGUUGUGAGGCUGUGUAGGAAACCGGAGCCCCCAAACUCAUCUAGCUGUGAUGGGAGCUGUAUCUGCAGCAUGUCCCCCACCUGGCACCCCACGCUGUGAUGGGCAGCUGGGAACAAGACAGGACGUGUCUGUAAAGGGGGGCUUGCAGCUUACAGGAAUCCCCCACCCUCUACUUCUGCAUCGCCCAGCCCUUGGUGGGCUGCCUGCCAGGCUGUCCGAAAAUGAAAGCAAGGAAUCCAGAGAUAAAUAGGAGCAGCCUCAAGCACGAGGCAGCAGUGCGUGUUCUGCUCCCAAGCCUUGUCCUGCUCCCAAGCCUUGUCCUGCUCAGUGCCCGUGGCAGCACCAUGGCUCUCCGUCCCUUCCUGCUGCUGCUGCUGCUGCUGGCUGCCACCCUCCUCAUCAGCCAGGCUCAAGGCAUUGGAAGCUCAGCCUCGGACUGCUGCCUGAAGCACAGCCGGAGAGCCAUCCCCAGCAGCGUGGUGACAUCCUACCGCAUCCAGGGACCCGAGUCGGGAUGUUUGCUUCCUGCUGUUGUGUUCACCACCAAGAAGAAGAGGAAAAUCUGUGCCUCUCCCACUGACAACGCUGUCCAGAAGUUGAUGCAGAACCUGGACAAGAAGGCCAAGAACGGCAAGAACAUCAUGAAUAGGCUGACCCAGCGUCCCAGGGGCAAACCCAGGAAGCAGAGGCGGCAGCGGGUCUAAGUCAGGCCUGAAGAGUGCACAGUGGGAACAACGUCCUCGAUUGCUGCCUGCGGACAAGAGAGACGCCCAUCCCGGCACGGAUCGUGCGGGAUUACUG